CACGCCAGAUGGAUACAGUUGGACGAGGCGGACGACCCGUUACGCACUAGACAAACUACUGAGAAAACGAGCGAAAGGGCUAUCUACACGAACUGAUUAUUAUUAUAUAUUUAUACCGCCGUGUUAAAUGGAUACCGGUUGUUUCACCGCGGCGCAGCGUCUUUCGUGCCACGCCAUGAAUGCGGAUUUAUUUAAGCCUGCUCCGGAGCGUGGACCCCAACAGUCCUCUGCCCCGGUGAAAACCAGCAGGAAUAAACCCGAACAAAUCAAACCAGAACUGGCUCAGGUGGUGACAGACUCCAAAACGGGAAGAUCCUACAGUAAAGGGAAGCUUUUGGGAAAGGGUGGCUUUGCUCGAUGCUACGAGAUGACCGACCUCUCCAGCAACAAAAUGUAUGCCGUGAAGGUGAUUCCACAGAGCAGGGUGUCCAAACCGCACCAAAGAGACAAGAUAACCAAUGAGAUUGAGCUCCACAAAACCCUUCACCACAAGCAUGUGGUGAAAUUCUCUCAUCAUUUUGAAGACCAAGAGAACAUCUACAUAUUCCUCGAGCUCUGCAGUCGGAAGUCCCUGGCACACAUUUGGAAGGCGAGACACACUCUGACAGAGCCAGAAGUGCGAUAUUACCUCAAACAGAUCAUUUCCGGCCUCAAAUACCUCCACAGCAGAGGGAUCCUGCACAGAGAUCUCAAACUAGGCAACUUCUUUGUCAACGAGAACAUGGAGCUGCGGCUGGGAGACUUUGGCCUCGCUGCUAAGCUGGAGACAGUCGAGCAGAGGAAAAAAACAAUCUGUGGGACUCCUAACUACUUGGCCCCUGAGGUGCUCAACAGACAGGGCCAUGGCACGGAGUCUGACGUUUGGUCCCUCGGAUGUGUCAUGUACACACUGAUGUGCGGCAACCCUCCUUUUGAGACUCUUGACCUGAAGGAGACCUACAAGUGUAUAAAGGAUGUUCGGUACAACUUGCCAUCCUCCCUUUCCCCCGCUGCACAGAAACUCAUCUCAGGCAUCCUGCAGAAAAACCCCAGCGACAGACUCGCGCUGGAUCAAAUCCUCAACCACGAGUUCUUCACCAAAGGUUUCACCCCUGAUAAACUUCCCCCCAGCAGCUGUGUGAUGGUGCCAGAGCUCCACCCCCCCAGCCCUGCCAAGAAAUUCUUCACUAAAAUGGCAAAAAGCUUCUUUGGCAAGAAGAAAGCGAAAGUGGAGAAGAUUCCAUGCGAGGAAAAAGAUGACAAAGACAUUUCCAAGCUGGUGUCUGGCAUCGUUAAAUGUUCCAUCAGCAGGCAGAUCAGCUACAAGACAGUGGGACCCAAUGAGGUGCCCUGUCCCAUCAGUCAGGUAGUCGGCUCUGUGCCUCUGGAACCGACUCCAGCUGAGGAGGAGUCCAGGAAGUCAAUCUCUCGCUCCUUCAAGGGCACCACGGCCAGCAGCACUGAACCAUGUGAUGACGCCCUGACGCCUGCAGCUGUGUCUGAAUCAGCUGUGAAAGUUCUCAACAACUGCCUGGCCACCAUGCCUGCAGCCACUAGAAACCCACCGUGUUUGUCCAGGCCCCAGUCCUUCCUGUGGGUGACUAAAUGGGUCGACUACUCAAACAAAUAUGGUUUUGGCUACCAGCUCUCGAACCAAAGCAUCGGUGUGCUCUUCAACGAAGGAACGCGUCUCAGUCUUUGUGACCAACGCAAGACAGUCCACUACUGCUUGCCUGACAACAAACACUUCACUUUCCCUGCCGACUCUUUACCUGAGCAGCUUCGCAGCCAGAAACAAAUUGUAGAGCUCAUGGCCAACUACAUGGAGCAGAACCUUAUGGAGGGUGGAGAUCUGCAUUGUGAGGAUCAAGUAUCUGGUUGUCCUCCUCUUCUGCUCCAGUGGGUGAAGACUGACCAUGCUCUUGUCAUGCUCUUCAACAAUGGCACUCUACAGGUUAACUUCUACGCAGACCACACCAAGAUCAUCCUGUGCAAGUCAUCAGAUGACUCCUACCUGCUUACCUACAUCAGCCGGGAGCGCGUCUCGUACACUUACCUCCUCAGCAUGCUGAACGAGAUGGGCUGCACCACUGAACUGAGACACCGGCUGCGAUACGUGGUCCAGCUGCUCCAACACCAUGCUGACGCCUGAGAGCACCGCUCCGUGCCUCCCAGGCUGCCUGAUUGGCAGAUGCGAUGGAGGUGACCCGACUGGUUUACAUCUCUUCUAAGGCAGCCUGACUGGUUGAUAGAAUUUCUCAAGGCAGCGCUGGGACAAGCUGACAGAUGGAAGGCUGCUCAGAAGAGUAAAUAUUCUUGUCUAAACUGGUGCUUAGGCAGCUGAUUAUCAAAUUGAUUGACGUUGAUAAAUAUCGAGCGGUUGCCCAAAUGCAGCAUCUGUCUCAAGGUUUGUGCCUGUCCAGCUUAUGCCUCAAAGGUAUCCACCUGGAAGGUAUUGAUGCCUAAAAUAAGACUCCUACCUGUCCUGUGCUGAAAUGAUGGAUCCCUCACAGGCAGAUGCCUAAAUGGAACACCCAAACUCCCAAUUACCUUUCCUCACUCACCCACUGCUUCUUGGCUGGAUCUUUCAAAGCCACCAACCAACCCUGCAGCUUUCAGCUUCCCCCUGAUGGCCAAUAAUCCAGGCAUGGUUUCUCAAAGGUAUCUUAACACUAAAAUUGUCUUAUUUGCUUGCAACGAAACAAGGAUAAUCUUGCCGCUGGAAUUCUUUUCGGCUCGGUUUUCUGAAGUAUUUUAGCAACAAGGUAAUUUACACUGACUUGCAGUGGAACCGUGAUCUUGCAACAGAUGCUUUUGGGAAGAAGUGUGGUAUGAUUGGAGAGGGUGAGACCAUCCUAACCUUGGUUGGUUUCUGGCCUGUUUGGCCUAUGGUGCGCAACAUAUAAUUUUUU